UAUCUACUCGAUUUCCAUUCGAUCCCUCUCUGAGCUUCGGGAAAUCGAGAAUUCCUAUUUGGAGCACUUGACAAACUAUGUUAGCUUCCUGCAUAAAAAAGUCGAAACUCUUCAAAUGUUUAUUAACUCGGUGAAACAUGGGAAUCUUCGUUAUAAGGUGGAUCGCCUUCAAUAUGUGACUAAUCCACUUAAUUCGUUGAGACUUGUGAGGAGAGCACAUGAAGACUGGCCCAAACUAAUAGCUUACAUCAGAGAUGCAGAAGCUGUAAAGAUUGAUAUUGAGGAAAUGCAAGAACUCGUAAACCGAACCCCCACGGCAGAGGACAUGCUGGAGGCCUUGUUGGGAAUGGAUAGGAUAGAGCACUUUUAUGGACUGAAGUCAUCGGAUGUGGUCAAGGGUCUUGUGGCGGGGCAACAGCUACAAACCGGAAUGUCCGCUCCCGAUUGCCUGGCCAUGGCAGAUUAUUUGUACAACAGAUCCGAAUUCAGACGGAGUGCCGAGUGGUAUCGAUUAGCCUUGAGUGUUUUAAAGGAACCCCGGAACAGUAUUGCUCGCCAAUUCUAUCUUCCACAACGGGAAGAGCUACGAAGAAAGUUCGUUAUAAGUCGGCUUCAAGAGGGUUCCGUCGACAGCUUAAGUCAAUAUCUCAAGGAACUAUCUGAAGACCCAGAUAUUCCACUGGUCCACUUAAAGCCAAAAGUAGAUAUUACUGCCAUUGAACUUGGCUGCAGGGGAUUGUAUCCACCGAAUCCUCAACUGGUGUGCCGCUACAAUACCACCACAUCGCCAUUUAUGCGAAUAGCUCCGCUCAAGGAGGAGGAGAUCAGCAGGAACCCACUCAUCUGGCUAUAUCACGACGUGAUCUACGACAGUGAGAUCGCUCAACUGACCAACUUGACCCGGGAUGAGAUGGUCCGGGGCACUACCGAUUACUACACAACUCCAGACCAGCUAAUUCGACUUUUCGACGUCAAAGUUACGGAGGACGAUGGUGGAAAGUUGGACCAGUGCUUGGUGAAUCGCAUGGCGGAUAUAUCGGGCCUGGAUGUUGGCAAUACCACUUCUCUGGCCAGGAUCAAUUAUGGCCUGGGUGGCUACUUUCCAGAGCAUAGCGACUACAAGGAUCUGAGACUUUAUCCGGAACUCAGUGCGGAAGGCGACCGACUUAUGACCUUCUUGUUCUACAUGACCGAUGUACCAGUGGGAGGUGCCACCAUCUUUCCCUCAGCCAAACUUUCCGUACAGCCGAAGAAGGGAUCUGCCCUAUUCUGGUACAAUCUGCACAAUAAUGGCGAACCCAACUCACUGACCAGGCACGCCGUGUGUCCCAUGAUAAUGGGCAACCGAUGGGUUUCAGUCAAGAGCAUGCUGUACUAUGAGCAAAUGUUUACGAAGCCCUGCUACAGAUAGCCAAUUCUUAAAAUAAAACAUCCUGUUUUUAAAGCUACACAAAUAGUUUUAAUAGUUACUUCGAUUGGCA